AUGGAACAAAAAAAUAUUAUUAUAUUAUUACUGUCAUUACUUUUCUCUACUCAAAUUUGCUAUUGCCAACCAGGAAACUAUAGUGCAGCCGGUUAUACUGCUAAAUUAGUUGAUUAUAUAAAUAGUUAUCAUAUACCAGAUAUUUCCGGUACUUCUGGAUCGAUAUCAUAUACUUUUUCAUCUGUUACCAUUAAUUUGGAUUUAGAUGGUUUCUUUUUCAAUCAGGAUCCAACUUCUUUUUUUAUUGGUUGGGCCGACACUGAAUUUAAGAUUACAUUCAACUAUCACGUUUGUGAAGUUAUAUGUGAAAGUGGUUAUGUUAAUAUUUAUACUACCUCUGAGAAUAUCACACUUUCCACUGAGUUAAUUCUCGACUACUCCACUUAUAUUGCAAAUUUCAACUUAACUCAGACCACCAUCGAUUCUGACAAAGGUGAUAUUGUAAUAGAAGCGCAUUGUACCGAUACCAUUUGUCUCAUUCCAGUCGGUGACAUCUCCAAUGCCAUCUCCAAUAGUUUUGUACCGACCCUCACCAAUGGUAUUACCAAUGGAUUGAAUGAAUACCUUGAAGCCCCCCAAAAUUAUAUCUACACUUUCAUCAAACUCCCCGAGUCUUUCAAUGACGUCACCUUCCAAAUAGAUUGUACCGGACAAUUGGUCGAAGCUUCCAACUCCCCCUCAUACUAUCCUCCGCAAAUGACCGCUGAGUUCAUGGGUACCGUAUUUGCCAGUAUCAAUGAAACCGUAGUUCCAGUUCCAUUUAGUCCAAACUAUAUUCCCGAUACCAGUUAUCUCGAAAACAUAGACGCUCCAAUAGUCGUGACACUCACACCCUACAUCUUCCAAAGUGUCGUCUACACUGGAUUGGCAGUACUAUUGCCAGUUACUGUUCAACCAAAUGAGAUUCCAGCUGCCUCGCCAAUUAAAUUGAAUACAUCUGAUUCUUUCUUCUCAUCGAUUGCGCCAGGUCUCCUUCAAUACCCAAAUCUAGGUUUACUCCUCAAUGUCUCUUCCAAUAACUAUAUCCCAACGGUAACAAUCAACGCCACUGGAAUGACUGUAGAGGUUGCCGUCGAAGCAGACUUUACCAUUCUUUCACAACCACUCCAAUAUGCAUUCGGUGUAAAGAUUGACUUGCAAGUGGAGAUUGUUAAUGAUGUAACCGUUUUAAAUUCAACGACCAUCGAACUAAGUUCAAAAAUUUUGAAUAUUGUUCCAAGUUCAAGUAUCACCUAUUCCAAUGUAGGUCAAGUAGAUCCAACUGGAUUCAACCAAUUAGUUCAAAUGGUUGAAGGUUUCAUUAAAGUUCCUUCUUUCAAUAUCACCUUACCAUCACAAAUUCAAAUUUCAAAUACCACCAUCAACUUUUAUGAUAAUAUCAUUCAAAUUCCAAUUCAUGGUACUAUUUCUCCAUAA